AGAAGGUGUCGAGCACCGGAGCGCGUCCAUGACUCCUCACUGCUUAGCUUAGCUUCGCUUCCUGUCUAGCUAGCUCGAUCAUCGAUCACCGGGCCACACCGACCGAUGGCGUCGUCGCCGUCUACUUCGGUCGGAGGGGCCGGCGAGGUGUGCUGCAUGUGCGGCGACCGCGGCCUGCCGGAGGAGCUGCUACGUUGCCGGCUUUGCGGCGUCCGGCUGCAGCACAGGUACUGCAGCGAUCUGUACCCGAGGGCCACGGCGUACAGGCGGUGCAACUGGUGCCUGAGGGACCCGGCUCCCGGCGGCGGCGGCCAUGCCCACACGGCGGCGGACAAGCCGACGGUGCGACGGAAGGCGUCGUCAUCGUCGCCAACGGAUCAGGAGACUUCGACGUCCGGUGAGGCGCCAGCGGCAGAGCGGCAGCGUCUGCAGGAGGCGACCGGGUGCUCGGCUUCGAGGAGGGCGCCGGGCACGGGGCUCGGCCGGCCGGUGAAGAAGCAGAAGGCGGCCGACGAGGUGGAGGCGCCGGCGAAGGGCAACGGCAGCAAGAAGCCGACGCAGGCGGGGAAGAAGACCGGGGUCAAGGUCAAGGUGAGGAGGUACAAGCUCCUCGCCGAGGUCAUCAGCUGCUAGAGUUUAAUUACAAUACGUACUACGGUGUACGAUGUACUGUAUACGAGUACAUAUGUAUCCGUCAUGCACAGCGAUAGUGUACAGAGAUAUAAUGAGACUAUGAUAGUGAAUCCAUGAUCCUGUCGGAAUCCUCCUUCUCGCCGAUCAGAAAACCAAGGUUUUUCUGUAACCCAUGAUCGAUGACCAAAGCCUGGUUUAAGUUUUGCUAAAAAGAUAUAGUGCCAUAAUUUCUUUUGCUUGAUUUCAGUCACUUUUUAAAAUGUGGUUACUAUCUCUUUUAUA